CAGGCGUAAAAUUGCGCAUGCGCCCAGCUCACAAAAGGCUCGGGAGGAUUAGGAGCAGGUUAGAAACGGCAAAGGAUCUGUGGAUGGCAAUUGCAGACACAGCAAUAACCCGUUUUUCUCUCCCUGUCCAGAAGUGUAAGGAGUAACACGUAUUUCCUUUCUAAUAUCAAUAUAUCUGCAGUUGAUCUUUGGAGAUGACAAGGUAUAUCAUCCCUGCUGGAAAUGUGCUGUGCUUUGUCUCUGAAAUUAAGUUUUCUCUUUUAAUUCAGUGAAAUCCCACUGGAACCUGAGUGCUGAAAACAAACCAGCAUUUGUUCACUAGAUUUCAGUUUUUCAGCUGCAUUGAUUGCAUGAGGGACUCACUCCAUCUGACUUGAUGAAUUGCCAGAGAAUUGAUAGAGAACUCUGAGAAGGGAUUCUGUCACUCAUCCCUCCUGUAGACACACCAGCGAAGCCACACUGGGAAGAGGCUGUUCACCUGCUCAGAAAGUGGGAAGAGAUUCACUCAGCCACUUGAUCUACUGGCACACCAGUCAGUUCACACUGGGGCGAUGCCGUUCAUCUGUUCAGACUGUGGGAAGGGAUUUUCUCGGUCAUUUCAACUGAAGGUACAUCAACGAAUUCACACUGGGGAGAGGCCGUUUACCUGCUCAGACUGUGGGAAGGGAUUCACUCGGUCAUCUCACCUACAGACACACCAGCGAGUUCACACUGAGGAGAGGCCGUUCACCUGCUCAAACUGUGGGAAAGGCUUCACUCAGUCAUCCAACCUACAGAGACACCAGCGAGUUCACACAGGAGAGAGGCCAUACAUCUGCUCUGAAUGUGGGAAGGGAUUCACACAGUCAUCUGACCUACUUGCACACCAGUCUGUUCACUCUGGGAAGAGACCAUUCACCUGCUCAGACUGUGGUAAGGGAUUCACUCGAUCAUCUGACCUACUGGCACACCAGUCAGUUCAUACUGAGGAAAAACCAUUCACCUGCUCAGACUGUGGGAAGGGAUUUCCUCGGUCAUCUCAACUGAAAUUACAUCAGCGAGUUCACAGUGGGGAGAGGCCAUUCACCUGCUCAGAUUGUGGAAAGAGAUUCACUCAUUCAUCCAACCUACAGACACACCAGCGAGUUCACACUGGGGAGAGACCAUUCACCUGCUCAGACUGUGGGAAGGCAUUCACUCAGUCAUCCCAUUUACUGGCACACCAGUCAAUUCACACUGGGGAGAAACCAUUCACCUGCUCAGACUGCGGGAAGGGAUUUCCUCGGUCAUUUCAACUGAAGGUGCAUCAGCGAGUUCACACUGGAGAGAGGCCAUUCACUUGCUCUGAAUGUGGGAAGGGAUUCACUCAGUCAUCGAACCUUGUGACACACUACCGAGUUCACACUGGGGAAAAAAUGUAAAUAAGAUGUAUGUUGGAUAUUUAACCAUCACAGUUGCUGAAUCCCGAGGCAAGUUCAAAAGUGACUGUUGGUGUUGAACUCUGCAAUUACUGCUGUCACUCAUCACACCCAUUCUGCACCCUGGACACUGGGCACAGUUGGGGUCUCUUCUGCUAGUGUUCACCUUUACUGAGACUGGAGUUUAAGGUUUGGGAUCUGUGACAAAUAAAUCAGUUCAGUUUUUA